CGUCACACAAUUAUUGUUCCCAUGCCAACGGUAUCCUGACCAGUCUCUUUAUACUGGAAGCUUAUCGGGAAUUAAACACUAAAAUUAAAAACUUAAUUUAAUCAAUUUUUCAAAAGAGCAGCACACCGAAGGUAAACAUUGCUCACACGGCGCAUGCGUGCAUGGCAUCGGCAAUCGGAUGUUGGGACAUUGCGCAGAGGAUUCAGUCUGAAAAUGGGCGACAGACAUCAAUAAAAGUACAGGUCUGAAGACACGAGUAAGAUCACCUAUCAUAUGAGCCACUGAACAAGUUGAUAUGAUUUCAAUUGGAGCCAUGGUUUAUAGAGUAGAGGUUGUUCUUCAACAUGAAUAUGCGCCCCGAUUGCUUUUCUAAAGUGGGAUUAUGCAUGAAUAACCUUGACUUGAGCCCAUCAAAAACAGGACCGAAGAGUGUCCGAAGAGGUUCUUCAGUCUCAGAGCCACAAGAUACUGUUGGUGAUGCGCCCGACGACACCAGACAGCAUCUGAUCUUGGACAAAAGUGGGAAAGCUAAAAGGACUUCAUUGCCUGUAAAGCUCGGCAGAAGUGUAGCUGUAGCUUCAGAGGCUGGCUCUGAGGGCACAGUAACACUGUCCUCUCAAGCUAAACAAAUGGGGGGUGAAGGCACCCCUGUAAAAAGUAAAACUCCUCUUGGACAGACCAACACUAUUGACAAUAAGCCAGACUUUGUAUCAAUGAAUUCGCAUAGUAAUUCUAGAGACCCUGUGGGUGAGAAAAGUGUGAAGGGGUUAGAAACUAUGGGGGUAUCACAUGAUCACACGGACGGUAAAAGGACAAAUAUGAGGAAGAUUGCGGGUCACUCUCAAGCCACUUGCCUUAAACAACUCCUUCUGCUUCAACUGGAUUUGAUAGAGCAACAACAGCAACAGCUGCAGUCUAAAGACAAAGAAAUAGAAGAUCUCAAAUCAGACAGAGACACGUUGCUCGCCCGUAUUGAGAGGAUGGAACGGCGUUUGCAGUUGGUAAGUAAGGAGCCUCGUGAUAAGAGGCUCUUUCAGCCAUUAGAGAGAUGGGUCCCUGACACGGAGGACUUUUGGGAAUCAGAUUUGGGGGACAGCCCGAAGACCGAGACACCUAAAUCGGGUGGCAAGGGGCAAAAGAGGAAGUUCAGCUUCUUGGACAGUAAGACGCAGAGGUCAAGGGGUAAGGCUUCACGAAUGACCCCUCAAAAAUUAGACAUGGGUGAGACAUCGACAUGUCAGCGUGACCUGCGAAGCAAGGAGACUCCAAAGAAAGGGAAUGCUGCAAAAACAUCCGGAGAGGCGUCUGCGCAGCCAAAGGGAAAAGGAAAAAAAGAACCUGAAGAACCGUACAUGGCAACCAACGAGAUGUAUGUAUGCUGCUGGCACCAGCCCCCGGACUCUCCAUCGCUGGAAGCUUCUCCAAAGAAAGAGGAAGAGGUUGCUAUUCCAUCGUGGAGGGAAAAUGUCAUGGAUCCCCUUGAGGAGGCGGAUGCAUCUGACAUCCCUGAGAACCUUGAUGACGGUGUUUUUCUGAAACGGCAUGCAAAGCUAGAACUGGAUGAGAAGAGACGAAAAAGGUGGGACAUUCAGAGAAUACGUGAGCAACGCAUGCUUCAAAGACUGCAGCAGCGCACAGAGAAGAAAAAGGUUAAUGUUCAGGAGAGCCAGCCUGAAGUGUCCUCAUUUUACCCUGAUCCAGAAAAUGUGGAGUAUAUUGAAGUUACACCCUUUUUGCCUGUAGUGGCCUUCGGACAGCCUUUGCCCAAUUUGCCCGCACAGAACUUCAAGCUGCCAUGGCUUGACGAAAAAAGUCGAUGUCGCGUUGAAAAUCCGAAAAAACAAACGCCCCACAGAACCUGUCGGAAAUGAGUGGCAGAGACUCUGAAACUGUGUCCCGAGUGCUAGACACAGAAGUCUACAUACGGUUAGGGAACCAAAGCGGUUAGGGAUGCUGUUUAUGCAGGAAUGAAAUGAAGUUAGCAGGAUUACAGCUGUGUUGCUGUCACAAUAAGACACCAACUGCCAUGCAAGCUACUAUUUAACACGCAACAAGUGUGUGGCCUUGAUUUAAUUUUAAAUCUGUAGUCUUGUUCUGCGUACUUUCACUGAGAAGAAGUCAUAUUGUUUGUGGCAGACUCCGCUGCAAAUAAAGUUUCAAUGUGCACUAAACUGUGGCAAUGGAGUAUUGUUGCACAUCUGCAUGUGAUCCCUCAAUAUAAUAAAUAGUCUUGAGAAUG